AUGCAUCCAGAUGAAAGAAAGAGGGUUGAUAUCUUCGCCUUAAGCAUCUACAGCUUGGUAAUCUUUCCUAAGGCUUUGAGGCACGUAGACGAGACAAUCAUUAACUUAUUCGAUCAUCUUGAGAAGGGAAUCACACCUGUACCAGUGAUAUUGGUUGAGACAUUCAGAUCCUUGAGCACGUGUUGGAAGACAGGCGAGGGGAGGUUUAUUGGAUGUGUACAAUUAUUGAUGGUAUGGUUUCAUGGGCACUUUUGGAAGGUAGACAAGCUUUCUUAUCGGGUCUUUUCUGAAAGUUAUUCCCCGUUAAAAGAAGAGGCAGCUAUACAAAGGAGAGAGGAUAUCUCGGAGGAGAAGUGGAUGGAAAUCCUCCAAAACCUCAAGGAGGGGGAUAUAGAGUGGAGAGCUUAUUGGAUGGUUCCUGAUGAGAUCAUGUAUCAAUGUGGUAACUUUGAUUGGGUGCCAUUGUUAGGAAUUUGGGGAGCUACCGGGUAUACUCCAUUGCUUGCGUUGAGGCAAUAUAAAUUGAGGCAGUUUGUACCCACGAUCUACGGACUUGCUCAGUGUGAAUUCUCCUUUAAAGGUGCCCACUAUAAGAAGAAAGUUCGGGAGCUAUCGGAUGCUUGGAAGCAAACUCGUUGGAUGAAGAGGUUGGCUAUCGGUUCCAUGGUGACGCUUGAGUAUGAUGGAUGGUUUAGGAAGAGGGUUAAUGAUAAUGUUCCUAGACCAAACUUAGAAAAUACUCGACCUAUGGUGGAACAACUACAAAUCGUCCCUUCAGAGUUGGAAAUUAUAAAGCAAGACUUCGAGAAGAAGAGUUCAGAGUUUGGGAAAAAGAUCGAACAAUUGGAGGAAGAGAAGAUGCACUUGAGAUUAGACGCUGAUGUCCAAAGGUCAGAGGCUGAGAAGUGGAGAAAAGGGAAAACUAAGGCCGAAGAAGAUUUAGACAGCUUGAAGACUGAUUAUAAGAAGCUACGCUUGUCUAUGAGGACUACGGGGUUAGGUAAAACUUUCGAACAAUGGCGCCAUGAAAUUCGAGAAGAAAAGACCAAAGCCGACCGAUGGGAAAGGAAAUUUUGA